UAAGAUUUUUCAGAAAUAGGGUUAAAACAACCAAAUGUCUGGGAUGAUGAAGCCAAAAUCAUCUUCCACCUGAUUACCACACGCCUCCAACAGUAUCUUAUGCUGACUCAUACUUCAGUAUGUAAAUAAUAAUGUUACUAUAGUUUUGAUAUGCCUCUUCAAUUCCCGCUUAUUAUUUCCAAGGAAGGAUUACUGGACCUAGUGCAUGCGUGGAACAUAAGCUCUCGAACGUGCCAAACUGUGUCCUACCGCUACCGAGACCUACAUAUUUAUCAUUAUAGUAAAUAUAAGUAUAACGCAUAACAAUAUAGUCUGAACGAAUCAAAUUACAACUUUAUUAUAUAGUUUGUCAAUUAAUAUCUAACAACAUAAAUUUAUUUUUUAAAUCCUUUAUCCGCUAUAUAAUCGGGAGACAAUUUUAUUCCAGCCAAAAGCACAGCUUCGAUAGAAAACAUAAGCUAUAAACUUGUCUCUUAUUAAGCAAAGAAAAUGUGUGCAUUGGUCCCUCCAUUGUUCCGAAACUUCGGUUGGUCGUUGACGGGAGAGUACGAGAGCUACUACGGUGGUGGAGAUCACCUCACCAACGGCACAAUUUUUGAUUUUCCGGAGACUUUUGGAGUGGUUCAUCAACAGAACAGAUUAUGGGUUUCUGUUUCGUCAGAAGGAAUUGGAAUAGACAAGAAUCCGGUUGUAACCAAGAAGCUUAAACACAAUGCAAGCGAGCGUGACCGUCGCAAGAAGAUAAACUCUUUGUUCUCAUCUCUGCGUUCAUGUCUUCCAGCCUCUGAUCAGUCGAAGAAGUUAAGUAUUCCUCAAACAGUUUCGAGGAGCUUGAAGUACAUACCAGAGCUGCAAGAGGAAGUGAAGAAGCUAAUACAAAAGAAGGAAGAAUUUUUGGUGCGAGUAUCGGGUCAAAGAGACAUUGAACAUCACGUUAAGCAGCAACCAAAGGUGGUUGCGCGUUAUGUCUCGACUGUGUCUGUGACUAGGCUUGGAGACAACAAAGUGAUGGUCCAAAUCUCAUCGUCCAAGAUUCAUAGCUUUUCGAUAUCUAAUGUGUUAAGUGGGUUAGAAGAAGAUGGGUUUGUUCUUGUGGAUGUUUCAUCCCCAAGGUCUCAUGAUGAAAGGCUUUUCUACACUUUGCAUCUUCAAAUGGGAUAUAUUGAUUACAAGAUGAAUUGCACAGAAUUAAGUCAGAGGAUUUUGUAUUUGUACGAGGAAUGUGGGAACUCAUUUAGAAGAUAACUUGUUUUGUUUCUUUUCGUUAUGUCGUUCCUUUCUCUUGAACAUCGAACAUUCUUGAUCCCUGAGCAUUGUAAUUGAGUUGUUUCGGUUUACUAUGCAAAUAAUAUUACAGAAUUAAAAUUUUAAUUCUUUUUAUUUACUUCGACUCAACAUUACUGGUAAUAUACUCUUGUUUGGAAAUUUCGCUAGGUGUUGUACAUAACUUGAAUAGGCCUACUGAAUGGUGAAAAUAUCAAAAAUUAUCAGAGAUUUAUUUUUGCCAGCACAUGCGCGCAUAAUUCUCUUAUUACUUUUUAAUAAAUAUAUAUUAGUUUAAAAAUUGAAAUUUUAAUUCAAAUAUUAAAUUUAUACUAUUUUAUGAAUCUUUUAGUUUCUUAAUUUUACUUUUACUGAUUUAAAACAUUAUUUUGGAUAAAACAUUAAUAUAUUAAUUUAAAAUAUGUUGUUAUCUAAUUAAAUAAACAUAUAUC